CAAAAGGGCUUAGGCUAGCCGCUAGCGUGCGCCAAAUCAAAAUAUUUUUGUCAAAUCAAAUGGCAGAUAACGCGUCUUUUGAAGAUUUCAAGUUCAACCAUUUGUGGAUGAAUCAUCUUCACAAGCAAAGGCAGAUUAGGAUUUCAAGUUCUUCUCCUUCCCCGAGAGAGAGAGAGAGAUAUUCAGGAGAGAUGAUGAUCAGACCAAUAAUUAAAUAAAAAACGCAGAAACUAAUGCGUGGUCACAAUGGAAAGAGACAGUCUGACAGAGAGAAGAAUAUGAAUUCUCGCUACUUCAGAGAAUCAGAGGUGCAAGGAUCAACUGCAACAGAUUGAAUCGUCUAUAAAAGCCAAUCUCUCGCAUCCGAUUUUUCUUUGUUGACCCCAUCUCCUUCAAAAGCCAACUACUCUUCCGUGCAUUCCCUAGUAAUUACUUUCCGUUACUCCAUCAACAAUAACCCAAGUAGAAGAAGAAAGAAUAAGAAGAAAUCUUGGACUUCGACAGACGUUCACGAUGAUGACGAUAGAGGGAACGAUGGAUAGGGCUGUAUUGGACGAUAUCAUACGAAGACUUCUCGAAGGCAGAGGAGGGAAACAAGUCCAGUUAUCUGAGGUUGAGAUCCGGCAGCUCUGUGUCAACGCCAGACACGUCUUCAUCUCUCAGCCUAAUCUCCUUCAGUUGCAUGCUCCCAUCAAGAUUUGCGGUGAUAUACAUGGUCAAUACCAAGACCUUUUGAGGCUUUUUGAUUAUGGUGGCUUUCCUCCUGCUUCAACGUAUCUUUUUCUUGGGGAUUAUGUUGAUAGAGGCAAGAAAAGCUUGGAGACAAUAUGUUUGCUUCUGGCAUAUAAAUUAAGGUAUCCUGACAAAAUCCAUCUCUUGAGGGGAAACCACGAAGAUGCAAAAAUCAAUAGGAUCUAUGGUUUCUAUGAUGAGUGUAAACGAAGGUUUAAUGUACGACUCUGGAAGAUAUUCACCGAUUGCUUUAAUUGUUUGCCUGUGGCUGCACUUAUUGAUGAAAAGAUUUUGUGCAUGCAUGGGGGUCUCUCACCAGAAUUACAUAAUGUCAAUCAAAUAAAUGAAAUCUCAAGACCCACAGAGAUUCCAGAUAAUGGUCUCCUUUGUGAUUUGCUAUGGUCUGAUCCUGAUCCAAGAAUAGAGGGAUGGUCAGAAAGUGAUCGAGGUGUGUCAUGUACCUUUGGAGCUGAUAGGGUUGUUGAAUUUUUGGAAAAGAAUGACAUUGACCUCAUAUGCCGGGGCCAUCAGGUGGUAGAGGAUGGAUAUGAAUUCUUUGCUAAACGGAAAUUGGUUACCAUAUUUUCAGCUCCAAACUAUGGUGGUGAGUUUGAUAAUGCAGGUGCUCUAUUGAGUGUUGAUGAAGAGUUGAUGUGUUCUUUUGAGAUAUUAAAACCGUUUGAAUAUAUACUAGCACCAAGCAGUUCUAACAAAUCAGGAGUCACUGCUAGGAAGUUACCUAAAGGUGGAAAAGUUUGAAAAUUGAUAUUCCACAUCAGAGUUCUUUCGGUUAAAUUGGGGGUUGAGGGUUUAAAUGGUUUUGGAUCUAAACAAGCCUUACUACCCAUCAAGCGGCAACCAGAAUUUGUAAUGAGAUUGAAGCUUGUCAAUAGGUGAACUUCAUUGGAGUGUCAUACAAUUUGUAAAUUUACCAUGCACAGAAUCAUCUGUACAGGAACUGAGAGUUUUAGCCGGAUUACCUUUACAAAAGAGUAUGCCCAAAUUAAAUUUAUAUUUGCUCAAUUUUCUUGAUCUGCUAUUACUAUCCAGCUUGCGGGUACAGAUUUGAUGCCAAAUUCUGCAUGACUCCUUGGUCAUUUGGUUUGAGAAGAAGCAUAGUAACUCCAUGCUCGCUGCCCCCCACCUUGAUUAGGGUUCUGUUGGUUGCGUUCUGGAUGCUAUGUUGCAACACUAUUCAUGAAUCCUUCCUUGCAGUAAUUGUAGAUGCCUUGUUUACAGGUUGUACCAGCAUACGACUCUGUCGAGAAAUUUGAACCAACAUGUGUAAGUCAGCUCUUUUUAAUUGAAUUAUUAAUGUAAAAGUUCAUGUUGCCAGUA